CUCUCUCACAACACACGAGAGUUGUGGUGUUGUUGAUUAUGCAAUCGCGAUGCUGAGUCUCACUCCAAUCGCCAACACUUUCUCAAUCUCAUCCUUAAUCUGCAAAUGCAAAUCAUCCAAUGACACUCAUCCUCACGCGCUCGACGCUGGCUACAUUCGACGCGCCGCCCACAUCGCCGACAAAUCCGCCGGCUUCACUUCUCCACAUCCCAACUUCGGCUGCGUCAUCGCCACUCCCACCGGCGACAUCGCCGGCGAAGGCUACCUCUACGCUCAAGGUACCAUUCCCGCCGAAGUUCAGGCCGUGACCUCCGCCGGCGAGCGCUGCCGUGGCUCCACCGCUUACUUAAACAUGGAACCCGGUGACUGUGAUGGUGACAGUUCUGCUUUGUCUGCACUUCUUCAGGGUGGGGUCAAAAGGGUUGUUAUUGGAAUGAGACACCCUUUGCAACAUUUUAGAGGCAACGCUGUGCGUGAACUCAGAAGUCAAGGAUUGCAAGUUGAUCUUCUUGGAGAGGAUCUUACUAGUAAGGUUAUAGAGGAUGCACAGAAAGAAUGUCUUCUUGUUAAUGCCCCUUUGAUUUGUAGAGCUGCUUCACGUGUUCCCUUUUCUGUUCUCAAGUAUGCUAUGACCCUUGAUGGAAAAAUUGCUGCUAGCACCGGUCAUGCAUGGUGGAUAAGCAGCAAGCUAUCAAGAAAUCUAGUUUUUGAGCUGCGAGGUAGAAGCGAUGCAAUAAUUGUUGGAGGAAAUACAGUUCGAAGGGACAAUCCGAGACUGACGGCCAGACAUGGAGGCGGGCAUAUGCCGAUCCGUAUUGUAAUGUCUCAGUCCCUCGAUCUUCCUGAGGAAGCAAACCUAUGGGACAUGUCUGAGGUGUCUACCAUAGUUGUAACACAGAGGGGUGCAAGGAAGAGUUUCCAGAAGCUGCUUGCAUCUAAAGGAGUUGAAGUUGUGGAGUUUGACAUAUUAAAUCCCCGUGAUCUUAUGGAGUAUUUUCAUGACCGGGGGUAUCUUUCAGUUUUUUGGGAAUGCGGAGGAACAUUGGCUGCAUCUGCUAUUUCAUCUGGAGUAAUUCACAAGGUUUAUGCAUUUGUUGCUCCUAAAAUUAUUGGUGGAAAGAAUGCACCAUCUCCUGUUGGUGAUCUUGGGAUGGUUGAGAUGUCACAAGCUUUAAAUCUAAUUGAUGUUUGCUAUAAGCAGAUUGGGCCGGAUAUGCUUGUUAGCGGAUUUCUUCAACCCUUACCGGACAUGGCACCUACAAUUCCAUCACCCGAGGAAACUUUUGUUGUUGACCCUACUGUCUCGCCGUACGAGUCCAGCAUCAUAUUUUUCUAUAAAACAUGGGAUCCUUAUGGUGCACUGUCAAAUUUCUCUCCUCAUCCCAUUCAAAUGCCUGAUGAAAAUGGCGAUAAUGUGACUUGGUUGAGUAUCGAGCAUUACUACCAGGCACACAAGUUUGUUGGAGUGGAAGAUACUUUUGCGCAGGAUUGUAUGGAAAGGAUCAAAUCUGCAAAAAGUCCAGAAGAAGCUGCGAGAAUAGGAAGGUCAAUGCAAAAGCAGCGUCCUGAUCUGAUAAGGCCUGACUGGGAUAACAUGAAGAUCGACGUCAUGUACAGGGCACUGAAAUGCAAGUUUUCGACAUAUCCGCAUUUGAGUUCUAUGCUUCUUUCAACUGCUGGUUCUGUUCUAGUCGAGGCUUCUCCGCACGAUCUCUUUUGGGGCGGCGGUCGAGAUGGAGAAGGCUUGAAUUAUCUUGGCCGACUUUUGAUGAAGUUGAGAUCAGUGUUUCUUGAGGAAUCAUCAUCAUCAAGUGAGUCCCCUAGUUUAGCUGUGUAGUAUUUUUAAAGUGAGAAAAGAAACAAUAUUUUUGUUUUAGAAUUACCAAAGUUACUUGUUGUACAACAUAUGAUAUACUAAAAACACAGUAAAUUGUUAACGAAUCAAAAUUUUGAAAGUAUUUAUUGCAAA